CUAAAUUUUACUGUCAAGCUAUAGGGUACGUCCGAGACGCUUUACUCCUAUCGCGAAGACGCUUUAUGAAAAUACUGAGGAAAGAAAAUCGGAAAUGGUUCGAUACUGCUCUGUUCCAGGCUGCGGUAGGUUUAAUGGGCAUAGAUUUCCAAAAAGUAAAGAUCUUCUGAUGAAAUGGAGAAUAGCCAUCCGUCGUGUCGAUCCUAGAACUAAGAAAUUGUGGUUCCCAGGCAAAGAAGAUGUGGUCUGCCACUUUCACUUUAAAGAAUCAGAUUAUAGGAAGACGGAGUCAGGUACGUUUCACGAUUUAUUUACUUUGCUUUAAAUAAACGUUUGGUCAUUUUAAUAGUUAUCAAUUGACAAAGUUUGAUUGCUUCAAAGAGUUGUUUAAAUAUUGCGAAUUGCGAUUUUAUGUUCAUCAAUGUAAUUAAGAGUUUUUGUUGAUUGUUUGGCUUUGCGUUGCUUUGUGGUUUCUUUUUUCUCCUUUCAGAACGUCAGUGGAAGAGACAGCGGUGCCUGCUGAUCCCAACAGCUGUGCCAUCCAUUUUUGACUUUAAUAAUAAAGAAACAUAUUUAAGUGAGGUGGUGGAUACACCAAGAUCCUUGAGAAAAAGACAGAGAAUGGAAAAUCAGGAGAAAACUGCCACACACCCCGAUGAGCCAUGUGUCAUGGAAAUGUCCACGGUUCAAGAAGAAGUUACCAUUGAUACCAGUGAGAGUCAGUUACUUGAACCUGAGAGGACACAAGCAGAACCUGUCCCCCCUACUGAGAGGGCAGUCCAGUGUGCUAUUGAAACUUUUGGAAAGUAUUCCAUUCAACAUUUUCAGUUCAAUAGCAAAAUGAUACAAUAUUAUACUGGAUUUAAUAAUUUUGAUCAUUUUCAGCUGUUUUUUCAUUCUUUGGGGCCAGCUGUAAAUGAACUGAAUUACAAAUGUAAUUUGUUGGAUCCUAAAGAUCAGUUAUUUUUGAUAUUGAUGAAACUAAGGCAGGCAAAGGAGGACAUUGAACUUUCACUAUUUUUUGGCAUUUCAGAAUCAACAGUCUCUAAACUUGUUGUUACGUGGAUAAAUUUUCUGUAUUACCAGUUGAAAGAAUUAGAGGAUAGUUUCUGGGUGUCUAUGGAUGUAAUUAAACAACAUAUGCCUGCAGAUUUUUCUAAAAAAUUCCCCAACACUAGAAUUAUUUUAGAUGCCACAGAACAACCCAUACAGAAGCCAUCUGUUUUGGAGUCUCAAUCUGCUACCUGGUCAUGUUACAAACAUAAAAAUACUCUUAAAACAAUGGUAGGUAUUACUCCAAAUGGUGCUGUGUCAUUUGUUUCUUCAUCAUAUGGCGGUUCUACUUCAGAUCGCCAAAUUAUAGAAAGAUCCUCUCUACUAGAUCCAGAAAAGUUUCAAAGUGGUAACAGCAUCAUGGCUGAUCGAGGUAUAAUGGUACAGGACCUUUUCGCUGUACAAAAUGUAAAGGUAAAUACCCCAACCUUUUUAAAAGGGAAAAGUCAACUAGAUCCAGUGGAAGUAAUUCAUGACAGGCGCAUUGCCUCUAAGCGUAUACAUGUAGAAAGGGUCAUUGGGCUAGUGAAAUGUUUUAAAAUUCUCAAGUAUGAACUACCAUCUUCAAAGGUUCCUUUGGCAUCUAGAAUUGUGUAUGUGUGUUUUGCAAUUGCAAAUUUCAGAAAUUGUAUUGUUGACAAAAGUGCUUGA